AUGGGGAUGACUGAGUGUGGAAACUUAGCUGGCGACAGAUGGACAAAUGCGUCCUUCCAGCUGGCAUCUCUGGAUGUAGAAGCAGCCAGCCCCACAACCUAUUUGACCACCCGCUUUGUCAUCCUGGAUUCUCUCAAAUCAGGCCAGAGACGAAGCGGGGAGAAUCCGGCUGGGCUGACAGAGACGCCACACCGCGCCAGGGGAGCGGGCGCGCUUUCGGGGCGGGGGGCGGAGCCCGGUGGGGCGGCAAGCGCGCCUCUCGGACGCCCCGGCGAGCGCGGGGGUGGCUGUCUUCGUCGUGUUCCCAGCGGCCGCAGGCUGUUGUCCACGCUGGUGCAGGGCCCCCAGGGGAAGCCGGGCCGCACUGGCAAGCCGGGUCCCCCCGGGCCUCCAGGGGACCGGGGUCCUCCGGGUCCUGUGGGACCGCCCGGGGAGAAGGGUGAGCCAGGCAAGCCCGGCCCUCCUGGCCUGCCGGGUUCAGGAGGCAGCGGCGCCAUCAGCACGGCCACCUAUACCACGGUGCCACGCGUGGCCUUCUACGCCGGCCUCAAGAACCCUCAUGAGGGUUACGAGGUGCUCAAGUUUGACGACGUGGUCACCAACCUAGGCAACAACUACGAUGCGGCCAGCGGCAAGUUUACAUGCAACAUUCCUGGCACCUACUUUUUCACCUACCACGUCCUUAUGCGCGGCGGCGACGGCACCAGUAUGUGGGCGGACCUCUGCAAGAACGGCCAGGUGCGGGCCAGCGCCAUUGCCCAGGAUGCAGACCAGAACUACGACUAUGCCAGCAACAGCGUGAUCCUGCACCUGGACGCAGGCGAUGAGGUCUUCAUCAAGCUGGAUGGAGGCAAAGCGCAUGGUGGCAACAGCAACAAAUACAGCACUUUCUCUGGCUUCAUCAUCUAUUCAGAUUGAGCCCCUG